AAUACUAUAUUUCCAAUCAAAUUGAGCUUGGGAAGGAAUUUUAGCAUGCUUAUGUAUGUUGAGCAUAGUCAUUUUUUUGUUUUGUGGAUACUGACGUUGUAAAUUAUGGCAUUAACAACAUUGGAACAAAUAUGAAAAUAUCAGUCAUAAAUAUUUAACAAGUUCCAAAUUGCCAGUGUGUUGAUAACAACGAAACACGGCGAGAACGAAGGAACUGUGGUUUUCUCGCAAUUUCCAAAGUUAAUUUAACAUAAAACUGCUGGAGAGGUCAGAAACGUUCAAAGGAAGAAGUGGGCAAGCAAGUGUAUAGAGAACAUUCAUGAAUAUCAAAUUAACAGUCGUUCUUCUCUUUUCGUACAUAUCGAAUGUUACGUCGUCCAACAAAACGGCACAAAAACCUGCCUCUUGUCCACACCAACUGUUAAAAGCCCAAUGGUGGAGUAUCCCUCCAUAUAUUUACCGCGACAAACAUGGCGGCAUUCGUGGAAUAUUUCCAACAGUGCUGGACGCUAUCGUAAAGCAAUGCUGCAAAGGUUACAAAAAUAUAACAUACAAUGAAAAUUCGCUCAACGACUCCCAGGUUUUAAAGAACAAUAUUGGCGUCAACGGUACGGUGAUAAGCUUCCCUGUUUAUGGUGACAUGAAAGACACUACAUAUCAAAACUACCCCUAUAUACCAGUGGUGGAAGCACCAGGAGUGGUCUUUAUAAUGACCAAUGAGGAUCCAUCCAACGCUGCUAAGGCUGUCAUGGAUGCCGUGUUUCAAGGAUGGCCAGUGCUCGUGCUAACUUUGUUAAUGGCAUCACUUUCUGGUAUCAUAAUAUGGGCAUUGGAUACAUAUUGGAAUCCCGAGGAGUUUCCUCCGACAUUCUUUCAAGGAGCCUGGGAGGGAUUUUGGUGGGCUUUUGUCUCUAUGACCACUGUAGGAUAUGGUGAUCGUUCACCCCGUUCGUUUUUUGCUCGAGCUUUCUCGUUCGUGUGGAUCAUGAUUGGUUUGGUAAUCAUCUCGAUCUUCACUGCUACAGUAACAACAUCGCUGACAGCUAUAAGUCUUAGCAACGAUAUUAAACUAUAUGGAUCGAACGUUGUGGCAUUAAAAGAAACAGAAGAGCAGAGAUUUGGAAUUCGAAACAACGCAAAAGUUACAGCUCAAAAUACAGUCGCACAAAUGAAAAAGGCAAUCAUCGAAAAAAAGGACGACACACUUGGUGGACUAUUAGACAGUUAUGUUGCGGGGUACUGGGCUAAAAACACCGACAACUUGGAGACACCGCUGGCCGACCCAUUGUUGCGCGUGGGAAAAGUGUUCGAUCAUCAGUUCGCGUACGGUUUUGUGAUAACAGAUUAUGCAAAAAAUGAUAAGUUCGAGAAAUGCACCCGAAAGACAUUGAACAGUAUGGAAACAGAAAUUACAAAAAUCAUACAAAAUGAUGCAAAGACAAUGGAAGAAUCUGGAAAAAGCGUUGCAGUUCAAAAAACAAAGAAUCUCUUCGAUCACAAAUCACCAAUAUUUCAAAGUGCUAUAUUCUAUUCAUUGGGCAUGGUUGGCAGUCUUACUUUAUUCGGUUUGGUUUGGGAAUACUUUUACUGGAAACCACGACAACCCAAGAGCAAAAAUACGGAAGUGGAGCAAGUUUAUGACCAGCACACGUCAUACGAAGAUCUUGUCACUCAACAGAGCGAAGACAUCGAGCACGUGAUGCGUAGAGAGGUUCAACGGUUCUACGAUUCGUGGAGCAGAAAACUUGAAAAUUUAAAGCCAUCCAAGCUGAGAGAGGAAGAAGCCAUUGAAGAAAUGGAAAAUGAAAGAAAACAACGAUUGAGCGACAAUGGCUUGAACGAAGAACAGAAUUUCAAAACAAACUACGACGAAAUAAACGAGCAAGCCCAAAGAUCACUAUUUUCACCUUCUGAAAUAUAAUACCUUGCAAUUUUUUAUAUAUUUUUCUUAAGGUUCCAUACACACUUUAACAUCUAAAACGUCAAUCAUGUAAUGUACUACUACUAAUCCCAACUCUACUACUACAAUGCCUUACUCUAUUACGAAUAAACCCUCAUCAGCUUCUACAAAUCCCUCAUCUACUUCUACUAAAUCCUCAUCUACUCCUACUAUACCCUACUAGAACUACAAAUCACUAAAAUUAAUCAAAAAGCGACGACACACAUCAGACAAAAGCAAACGAAAGGGAGAAGAGGGCAAAAUAUAAAGUUUAUGAUAACUAUACAAUAACCUAACAAUAACUGUAAUACAGCAACAUAGUAAAAUAGAAAUCCUCAUUUCGUCUUAAAAACAUAAUAAAGCGAAUAGCAAUCAGAAGAGGUGAAAAACAACUGAGCAAGAUUUGGAAAGAAUACUACAGGAACAGUUUUGGGAAUGUUUAAAUUGCAAUAUUUCUUUGAUAUACAGACACUUUUGCACUACAGAUAAAAUAUAGAUACGAAGCAUAGAUAUAGUUUAAAGCUACAUAUAUAUGUGAGCAUGUAUAGCUACGAAGCAUAGAUAUGUGAGCAUGCAUUUUACAUCGCAUUAUUUGUAAUUGAAUUGAGAAUAAUUAGAUGAAAUGAAUAUGCACAUUUUACCUUA